AUGGACAGAUGGAAUAAGACACUUAUAGAAGUUGCUGAUUUAAAAGGGAUGCAUGCAAAUGGCAGGAUAGAGGUGGAGCUUAUUGAUAAAAUUGUUAACGACAUCUUCCGUAAAUUACGAAAACCCUCAAGGAUUCCACUGCCACAACUUAUUGGGACGGAAAAUUCUAGUAAAUUUGUCACAUCAUGGUUGAAAGAUGCAUCUUCACAUACGACAAAUCUACUCACUAUAUUGGGUCUGGGUGGGAUGGGGAAGACGUCUUUAGCCAAAUAUGUCUAUGCAUUACAUUUUCAUAAAUUUAACACAAGCAGUUUCAUUGAAAAUAUCACUGGGAGAUGUGAUGAAAAAUUUAAUGGGAUUCUUGAUGUACAGAAACAAUUCUAUGAUGACAUUUUAAAACAAAGUUCAGUUCAAGUUCAUGAUGUUUCUACAUACACCUCAAUGAUAGAGAAUGCAGUAGCUCAUAAAAGAGUGUUUCUAGUUCUAGAUGAUAUUGGUAGUCUUGACCAAAUAGAUGCAUUACUUGGAAGCAAAGGUUUUCAUCCCAGAACUAAAAUCAUGAUAAGAACAAAAAAUGCAUGGUUGACAAAGAGUUGUGCACUUUUCAAAAAGAACAUUAAACCCAAGUAUGUGGAGCACAAUCUUGAAGGCUUAUCUAUGAUUGGAUCAAAAAAAAUGUUGUGUUAUCAUGCAUUUAUGUGCAAUCAUCCCAAGGGUACAGAAAAUGUUCUAGGCCUCACCCUUGACAUGAGAAUGCUUGUGAAAGAGAAGUUACAUGGAUCACUUGAGUUGAAAACAGAUGCAUUGAGUAAGAUGGAUAGGCUAAUGCUUCUACAACUCAAUUAUGUGCAAAUAAUUGGCUCUUACAAGAAUUUUCCAGAAGAAAUUAAGAUGGUUGUGUAUGCAUGGGUUCCCUUUGAAUUAUAUACCAUUGGACUUACCAAUGGAGAAUUUGGCUGUUCUUGACUUAUCGU